UUCCUCUCCAGGGCGAUCCCAGCCAUGAUGGUCCCGCAGCUCUGGCUUGCCUCCUGCCUCCUGUUGCUGCCCCAGGGGUCUGGCAGGGCCAGGGCUCAGCAGCGCUCAGCCCCCCGCGUCUACCUGAGCUUCAAAGAGCUGCAGAAUUCCAACACGGCGCGGCACUACAGCCUCCUGCACAACACCUCGGACUACCGCGUGCUGCUGAUGGACGAGGACCACGACCGGAUGUACGUGGGCACCCAGGACUACAUCGUGUCGCUGGACCUGCACAACAUCAACAGGGAGCCCCUGAUAAUCCACUGGCCAGUCAGUCAGCAACGACGAGACGAUUGCGUCCUCUCCGGUAAAGAUCAGAAUGGAGAGUGUGCAAACUUCAUCUGCCUGAUUCAGCCUUGGAACCGUACACACCUGUACGUAUGUGGCACUGGGGCCUACCAUCCCAUCUGCAGCUAUGUUAACCGAGGCCGUAAAGCUGAGGACUAUAUCUUCCACCUGGAGCCAGGAAAGGUUGAAUCGGGGAAAGGCAAAUGUUCCUACGACCCCAAGCUUAACAGCGUGUCAUCAUUAAUUAACAGGGAACUCUAUGCUGGCGUCUACAUUGAUUUCAUGGGAACCGAUGCCGCUAUCUUCCGAACCAUGGGACCGCAGACCGCCAUGAGGACCGACCAGUACAACUCACGCUGGCUGAACGACCCAGAGUUCAUUCACGCCCAACUGAUUCCCGACAGCAGCGAGCGAAACGACGACAAACUUUACUUUUUCUUCCGUGAAAAAGCGAGUGACAGCGGCAGCUCGGCCGUCUACUCCCGAAUCGGGAGAAUCUGCCUGAAUGAUGAUGGAGGUCACUGCUGUCUAGUGAAUAAAUGGAGCACAUUCUUGAAAGCUCGCCUCAUCUGCUCAGUGCCAGGUCCUGAUGGAAUAGAGACACACUUUGAUGAACUCCAGGACAUAUUUGUUCAGCGGACACAAGAUGUGAAGAACCCAGUUAUCUACGCCGUGUUCUCGUCCUCAGGGUCAGUCUUCAAAGGGUCUGCUGUAUGUGUGUAUUCAAUGACGGACAUACGUACUGUCUUCAACGGGCCCUUUGCCCACAAAGAGGGACCAAACUACCAGUGGAUGCCGUUCACAGGGAAGAUCCCCUACCGACCUGGCACAUGUCCUGGGGGCACCUUCACUCCCUCAAUGAGAUCCACCAAGGAUUACCCCGACGAAGUGAUCAACUUUAUGCGGAACCAUCCGACAAUGUACAACUCUGUCUACCCAGUGCACAAGCGCCCUCUAGUGGUCAGGACCAACGUGAAUUAUGAGUUCACCACCAUCACUGUGGACCAGGUGGAUGCAGCCGACGGCAGAUACGAAGUGUUGUUUCUGGGAACAGAUCGGGGAACUGUGCAGAAGGUCAUUGUGCUGCCAAAGGACGAGAUGGAAAGAGAGGAACUCAUCCUGGAGGAGGUUGAGGUGUUCAAGAUGCCUGCCCAGGUGAAGACAAUGAAGAUUUCAUCCAAAAGGCAACAGCUGUAUGUGGGCUCUACCCUGGGCAUUACUCAGGUCACUCUCCACCGCUGUGAUGUCUAUGGAGAGGCCUGUGCCGACUGCUGCCUCGCCAGAGAUCCCUACUGCGCCUGGGACGGCAAGGCUUGCUCCAGAUACUCAGCCUCAUCUAAAAGACGCAGCCGAAGGCAAGACGUACGGCACGGGAAUCCAAUAAGACAGUGCCGAGGAUACAACUCUAAUGCUAACAGGAAGACAAUGGAGACGGAGCAGUAUGGAGUGGAAGGCAGCAGCACCUUCCUCGAGUGCCAGCCCAAGUCUCCUCAGGCCACCAUCAAGUGGGUGUUACAGCGAGAAGGAAGUGACCGCAAGAAAGAGAUAAAGUCCGACGAACGCAUCCUCCGAACUGACCAGGGCCUCCUCCUGCGAUCGUUACAGCUGGCAGACGGGGGGAUAUACCAGUGCACCGCCACCGAGAACAAUUUCAAACAUGCACUGGUUCGCGUACAUCUGCGCGUACUCAACAACGAGACGGUGAACUUGGUGCUGACCCAUUCGGGGCUGCCCAUGGCCAGCCUGCAGGGGGUCGGCAGCCCGGGUACAUCCAGGGCACCUAACCCACAGUACAAGGACCUCCUUCAGCUGCUGAGCCAACCCGAGAUGGGGGUCAUCAACCAAUACUGCGAGGGUUACUGGCAGCGCCCGGCCAACAUUGAGAAACAGAACUUAAACAAGCAGCAGAAAGACAAGCCGGUCAGAGAACAGAGGAAGCCUCGGAACCGCAGGAACCAUCACACAGCCCCUCGCCAGCAGACAUGAGGCUCUAAGAUAACAGAAUUUCUUUAAUAUAAAAGUAUAACUUCCCUUACAACGGACAGUAUUUAUUGUAGGCUGUAUAUAGUAUGAUAAUUUGAUUUCCUUGUACUUAACAACACAGACCCCAUGACGUUCUGUCUGAAGCAUAGGUACUCAAGGGGGAACUGCGCUCCACUGAAUUGCAACUUAAUGCGGAGUGCUGUAAAGUAAGAUGUCUGGAUACACACACUGCUGUCUUUCUGUUGCUUGGUUGUCAUGUUUUGAAAAUGUCAGCUAGAGGCAGAUAUUUUCCAGUGAACGAAUGAAAAAGCCCUUUAAUGAGCAAGAUGCUUUGAUGCCCCGCUCCCCUUCUAAACACUCCCAGUCUCCCAUUCUCCAUCACAGCAUCAACCUGUUGCUCUGGAGUCCUGGCCUCAACUACCCUUGCUGGCAAACCACUGUCAAUAACCCAGUAUACACUGUAUACAAACAUGGGAAUUGGCAGCAAUGUUUGCCUAUUAACUACAUAAUGUCUAUAGGCAAACAUUGCUACAUAUAUAUACACCGAACUACACACAUAUAUUCCACUUUACAGUAAAUCCUGUAAACCUCUCCUGAUGUGAAGGAUUUAAAUGCAAGGAUUACAGCAACAGCUUGCAUUUAUACACAGCCCUUCAAACAGGGCAGCAUCUCAGAACACUGCACAGUAGAGUAAGGGUGGAAGGGGUGCUUCCUCUUAAGUACUAUAGGCUUGGUCAAAGAGUUAGGACUAAAAGGUAGGGACUAAAAUGGAAUCCUGUACCGUAUUGGUUAGAGCAUUCAACUCGCAAGCGAGAGAACCUGGGUUUGAUUCUUGUGCAG